GCGCCCCCUACCCCGUCCGAGGAGAGGGGGCUAUAGGAAGCUACAUUGAACGAUGGGAGACCCAAUCAUUUUCACCGCCCCCUCCUCAAGUCGCUCUCACUCAAACUAUCUCCGCACCACCACAGCAACUUUACGCACGCUCGUGCGUCUGGGCCCCGGGGGGUCCCUGCUCCUCCUGGCGCUUCUGGCCGCGCUCACAGGGCCGUGCGUAUCGCGCUCCGACGCACCCCGAGGAGUCGCGAACCCCUUCGUUUUCGAUCCGAAGGCGAAGUGCGAGCCGUCGUGUAAACACUCGGGGAUCUGCAUUCGGAACAACACUUGCUUCUGCAUGCGGGGCUACGAGGGAGAGACCUGCCAGUAUGCCAACUGUUUUCCCAAAUGUAAGAAUGGAGGACAGUGUCUCCGGCCGGGGAAGUGCGGAUGUCCUGCCGGCUUUGGCGGGAAAUACUGUCACAAAGUGACGUGUGAAGAAGGCUGCUGGAACGGAGGAGAGUGCAAAGCGCUCCACGGCAAGGCAACGUGCCUCUGCCUCUCCAGCUGGACUGGGAACAAGUGCCAAGAAGCGGUGUGUCCCCAGGGCUGCAGGAACGGCGGCAGCUGCGUGGCUCCGGGAAUCUGCAGCUGUCCGGACGGCUGGGUGGGCGGAGCCUGCCACACGGCCGUGUGCAGCCAGCCGUGUCUGAGCGGAGGGAAGUGUAUCUCUCCUGAGAAGUGCCGCUGUCGCCCGUCGCAUGAAGGCCCCCACUGUGAGAAGAAGAGAUCCCAGUACCACUACCUGUACAAGGUCAAAGGUUACUAAGAGGAGAUCCAAGUACAACUACCGACACAAGGUCAAAGGUCACUAAGAGGCGGUCCAAGUACCACUACCGACACAAGGUCAAAGGUCACUAACGGACCCAUAGGGGGGGGGGGGUUUCUGUUUUUUUGAUACAUUUUUGAUUUGCUCAUUCAUGUUUGACAACAAAGUGUAUAAACCCUGUGUGCUAGGAUCGGUCAUUAAACACGUCCAUAUAUGUGCGUUGUCUCUGUACGUACGUAUGUAUGUAUGUAUGUAUGUAUGUAUGUAUGUAUGUAUGUAUGUAUGUAUGUAUGUAUGUAUGUAUGUAGACAUAUACUUUGAACAUCAUGAAUAAAGGACUUAAGAAAACACAGAA